ACGUGUCCGCAGAAGAAAAACAAUUUCUUGCGUAUUUGUUGACAAAACUGUCAUAUUAUUGCCAAUAACGCUGCGGAAAACGAAAAUACAGUGAAAGCAUAUGAUUUCCAUGCAAAUCUGAUGUGAUCUGGUCAAAUAAAGUGCAAGAGAAUGUGCGUGAAAAAUAUUUUUAUCGGCUACAGCAACAACAAAAACAGCAAAAAUUGAUAGAAAAAGAAUAGAGAGAGCACUGAUUACAACAACCCGAUAAUAAUAAUAAGAAGCAUAAGAAAAAACAUAAACAAUUAAUAAGAAUAAAGAUGAACUGAAAUGUGCAAAUUUGAUCAACGUAAUUAUGCCAAUUCACAUAAUUUUUUCGAUUUCAACGUGAAAAAUGUCGUCGACACAAUUGCUGCACUCGUUAUUGUUGUUGCUACCAUUGCGUUGUCGUCGUAAUUGCAAUAAACUAAACACUUUAGCACUGUUGUUGCUCUCAGCGCUGUUUGCAUACAACACGCAACGACGACGACAGCAGCAACCGCAACAGCAGCAGCAGCAGCAACAUCAGCAGAUAGCAGCAGAGGCUGAAGCUGAAGCUGAGGCACCGGCAGAGAAGGACAGCAGUGGAGAGUGCAACAGUAAUUACAGUAGUAAUACAGUAACACAGUUGGACACAGCUUUAUAUAUAACAGUAGCCACUGUUAAUUGGCGUUCUAACAACAGCAACACCAGCAGCAGCAGCACGAGCAGCAGCAGGAGUCGACAGUUGGACACAGUAAACGGCACGGGAGCGCAAAGGGGCACAGGGGCUGCGUACAUUAGCUGGCACAGCAGCCAUUGCCACCGCAGCCCCGGUGCUCAGUCGUCGGAGGCGCAGGCAGAGCAGCAGCAGCAGCAGUUGUUGCACACAACUUUAAAUAAGACUCGUGCGGCGUUGAAGUUGACGCCGUUGCAUACACUUAAGAGCAGCAUAUCUCCUCCAUCCAGAAGCGCGAGGCUGACAGCAACAACAAAAACCACAACAACAGCAACAAAAACAACGAAACUACUGUUGCAAGGCUCGUGUACAACAGCAGCAGCAACAACAACAACAACAACAACAAACACAAAUCGUUGCAGCAGCAUACCGCCGUUGAUAGACGGCAAUUGCUUACGCAUAGCAUUCAUAGCAACUUAAGAGUCACCACCAACACCCACACACACACAUCCAAAAACACACAGUAAUUCCACACAUCAACACACACACUCAAACAAACAAACACAUUUAGCAUCAACAAACAACGUUCCAUUUAUAACAGCCACAAAAUGUCAAAGCUAUCAUUCAGAGCACGCCAUCUGGAUCCGUCCAAGCAGAUGCCCAUCUACUUGGCGGAGGAGUUGCCCGAUUUACCCGAAUAUUCGGCUAUAAAUCGCGCCGUGCCGCAAAUGCCCAGCGGCAUGGAGAAAGAGGAAGAGUCGGAACAUCAUUUGCAACGCGCCAUUUGCACUGGUCUGAUCAUACCUACGCCGGAGGUGCUGCAAACCGAUCAGCCCUUCUAUGAUGCUUACUAUCCGCCAGACUAUAAAAUGCCGCGUCAACUUAUUCACAUGCAACCUUUGGGCUUAGACACAGAUGUGCCGGACUAUGAUAUGGACAGCAUUGAUGUGGAUUGGCUGAGCCAGCAGCAGCGCUUGCAGUUAACCGAGCUAAAGUUUGAACAAAUGAUGGACCGACUGGAGAAGAGUUCGGGCCAAACGGUGGUUACGCUUAACGAGGCCAAAACGCUGCUCAAUCAGGAUGAUGAGACUAGUAUAUCGGUAUACGAUUAUUGGCUUAACAAACGCCUCAAGAUGCAACAUCCGCUGAUACUCACUGUUAAGACGGAAAGCCGACCUGGUGCCAGUUCCAAUAAUCCCUAUUUGGCGUUUCGUCGACGUACCGAGAAAAUGCAAACACGCAAGAAUCGUAAAAACGAUGAGACCAGCUACGAGAAAAUGCUCAAGCUGCGCCGUGAUCUUCAUCGUGCCACAACCAUAUUGGAAAUGGUGCGACGUCGCGAGGAAACAAAGCGCGAUCAUCUCAAAACCACAGUCAACAUUUUUGAGAAGCGCGUAGAGAUGCGUGAUUUCAAUGGCGCCGUCUAUUCCGAGCUCAAUGCGCAGUACAAGAACUCGAGACCCGCCUACAAUCCCUUGUAUGCGAAUCAAUACUCACAAGGCGCAGCGGCUGGUGGCGCUACAGUUGCGCAUGGAGCACUCUUGGCCUCCGCCGGCGGUGUGCUGCCAGCGGGUAUGCUGAACGCUGCUGGUGUUACCAGCUCAGCUGCUGUCUAUGCGCAGGCCUCGCAGUACCUGAACACAACGAGUCUGGAGGGCAGUAACAGCAGCAGUCGCAAGGAGAAGCGUACAUACAAGAAGCGCAAGCACAAACCGCUGCGCGAGAAGCAGUUGCUCUCCCAUCAGCAGACGCAUCAUCAGACACAGCCACAUCCUCAGCAGCAGCAUCAGCAGCAACAACAACAGUAUUUGCCAGCGUCGGGCGUUUCGCCAGCGAGCUUGUCACAAUUGAAUCGUUCGAGCGCCUCGCCGGCUGCCAUCGAUUCCAAUUUGGACAGCGAGGAGGAGGAUUAUCUUGGCACGGGCAACCAAAAUGGCAACAAAUUGGGCUCCGAAAGCGAAGACGAAGCGCCGUUUGCAUUUAGACGCAAACCCAGCUGUAAUUACCUGCGGACACGUGAAGCUAGCGAGGGUCGCUGGCCUUGGGAGCUGCCAGCUGAUGCUAUCGAUGAUGAGGAUGAUGAACAAUUCGAGCUGGAUGCGCCGCCCGGUGCGGCAAAUAGAAUGCUCGGCUCUGAUGCUAAGUACCGCUAUACGCUCACCUCGCUCAAUUAUCCCAGACCACGUUGCAUUGGCUUUGCGCGUCGUCGUUUGGGACGCGGUGGACGCGUGCUGCUCGAUCGUGCGCGCAGUCGUUACGACGACUUGUGGUCGCAGCUGGACUACACGGUGCUGGAGAGUGUUGUGAGCAUUGGCAAGCCGAAGCUGAAGCGUGCGCAUGAGCAACUUGCCAAGCCCAGUUCACCGCCCACUGUCGUCGACUUGCCAACGCCAGCGCCGGCGGCGGAGGAUGCGAUUAGCGUUAAGCAGGAGGAAGAGCAGCAGCCGGCGCAAGCCAGCAGCAAGCCCGUGCCGCUGGAGACAGAGCCAGAGCCAGUGGCCGUGCCCGUGGAGCUGGUGGCACAGGAUAAAUACUGCAUGGAGGAGGAUGAGAAUGUGUCACGUUUGAACGUCUAUAGCUCUGCGAUAACGCUGCCGCCGACGCUGACGGAUCUGAGCUUGCAGCGACGUGUGCUGCGACGCAAGAAGCAACAGCUGCGUGAGCUGAAUGCUGCCAAGCGUCUGAAGAGCGCAACUGAGAGCGGUGAGGAGCUAACGGCUGCACCAUUGCCAUUGAGGCCGCUGCCACGUGCUUAUCUCCAGCGUUUGGCUUUAACGCUGCAGGCCACAACAGAAACGCCAACAGAAGAGUCGACGACGACGACGGCGGCGGCGGCGGCGGCCACAGAGACAGCGCAGCUGUUGCUCAAGACGGAAAGCGGAUUGGAGGAGCAAGUGGAGCCAUUACUACAAGCCAAUCAUCAGCACCACCGUUCCAACAGCAACAAUAAUAAUAAUAACAACAACAAUGUGUUUAAUAACAACAACAACAAUAGUAGUAGUAGUAGUAGUAAUAAUAAUAACAAUAUGAAUAAGCAAGUUAGCAUUAGCGAUAAAUUCAAUGUGAUAAAAGUGGAAGAAAUGGAUACGACGGAACCCAUGGCAGCAGCAACUGGUGCUGCUGCUGCUGAGCUCCAACCAGUGGCCAGCACAUCGGCAGCAGCCGCAGCACGUGCCGCCGAGGUGGCAGCAGCUGCAACAACAACGGCAACGGCAACUGUUGCUGCUUCCAUAGAGCAAGUGGCCAAAACGAUAAAGCGUGAGCUCAUCGAUGCCGACGAUUCGAAUGAGCCGCUGAGCAGCAUACGCCAGCAUAGUCAGGAUCAACAGCAGCAGCUGCAGUCUGAGGCAGUGGCGAAAGCUUCGGAUGCGGCCAGCGAUGCUUUGGAUGACGAUGAGGCCGAGGAUGAUGUCAAUUUGGCGCAGCUGAGCAGCAUUAUACGCCACACGGCCGUUAAGCGUGAGCAGGCGAAGCUGCAAAAGUUGCAGCAGCUGCAGCUGGAGGAGGAACGCAAUCCCUGCUAUAAUCAGCUGCCGGAUGUGAUACGCCAGCAUGACGAUGAGCUGCUGCGUCAAAUGCACGCCACCCUGCCAGAGGAACAGCAAACGGAGGAGGACUAUCUGGGUGGACUGUCGCCGACGUCCAGUCAACGCUUGGACAUCUGCAAUGAGCUGUUGCUGGAAAUACGUCGCGACUGGCUGCACUUUCGCCCCAAGACGCCCACCGAUGAGCUGUGGGAGCAGCAGCAGCUGGAGGAGCAGCAAGAGCAUCUGCUGGCAAAGGUCGACUGGACAGAGGAUACGCCCAUAAGUCUGGAGCUCAAUCGUUUGGGCAAAAGCGCUGCAAUCACCGCCGACGAGGAGCUGCCCUCGCACUUCCUCAGCAGCGAGUUUAAGUAUACAGAUCUCGAGGCGGAUGCACAGCUGCUGGAAUACACGGGAGGCAACCGCAGUCCAGAGCCCACCAAUGGCAACUGCUCCGACAGUGGCUCAGCGCUGGAGUUUAAUCUCAGCGGCGGCGAUUCGCUCAACGACAUCAACAAUUUGCUGGGCGACGAGCUGGUCAACAUAUUGCAAGAGUGCAGCAUGGAUGACCCGAAGACGACGAGCUUCUGGAAUGGCAUACUCGAUGGCGAGGCAGCGGUGGAUGAGGUCGAGAAUGCCGAGCAGCUGCUCGAUUGCAAAGCGGCCAAUGCAAGUGGCGAGCAGAAGCGUCAGCUGCGUAGCAAGCAGCAGACGCGUGGGCACCCGCUAAUUCCGCUGGGCAGCUCCAGCUUCAAUGUCAGGGAUGCCAAGGAGCUGUUCUUUAGUGAGCCAGCGCCAAUGCCCGUCAAGCAGGAGCCAGAGGCAGCGUCAAGUCCAGCAGCAGCAGCAGCAGCAACACCAACGAUAGCAACAGCAGCAGCAGCAACAACUGUCACAGUAGCAGCAACUGAAGCAACAACAGAGCUGCAAACGCUGCAGAGCAUCAAAACGGAGCCAGUUGAGCUAAAUGCCACGCCCACAGCGCCCAUAACGGUGACAGUGCCAGCAGCUGCAGCAGCAGCAGCAGCAACGCCAGUGUCAGUGCCAGCAACAGCAACAGCAGUGCUGCUUAACAAUGCGCAGCCACAGCUCAUCAACAUACCCGCGCAAAUAAACUCACAACAGCAGCAGCAGCAACAGUUGCUGCAGUCAAAGCCAACAUCAGCAGCAGCAGCAGCCACAACAACAACCGUUGCUGUUACUCAACAACUGUUGAAUCAAUUUGCAGUUGCUGCGCCCGCCGCCACGCAGCUCAUCGCACGCACAGAAUUCGUCGGCAACAGCAACAGCACGGGGGGCACAGCUGUCGGCGAUAUUGUGACCAUCACACCUCACACGGGCAGCAGUCCGCUGCCGACGCUGACAGCGCAACAGCAGCAGCUGCAGCAUCAGCUGGCGCAGGCGCAGCUACGCAACGUGACCGUGCAACAGCGCCAGGCCACGCCGCAGCAACAAGAUCAGCAGCAGCAGCCACAGCAACAGCAGCAGCAACCGCUGCAACAAUUGCUCUUUCAAAUGCAACGCGACAAUAGCGGCAUACCCACUGUCAUUUCCACCCAGAGCAUUGUCAGCGCCGCACGUAGCGCUGGCAACCACAUGAUCUACACCACCAGCAGCGGCGAGAUUGUCACUGCUGCUGCUGCUGUCGGCGGAGGCGGCACCCAGAAGGUCACCUAUGCCAUACAGAAGAGCAACAGCGGCAAUGGCGGCGGCGGCGGCAAUGGCACCACCAGUGCCACCCUUGGCCCCAAUACAGUCAUAACCCUCUCCAAUGUCAAACUGCAGCAGCAGUCGAACGAUGACGUCACUGUGCCCGCCUCAGCAGCAUCCAGCGUUAAUAUUAUCAACACUGCCAGUGGACAGCAGUUGGCGGUGCACAGCAUUGCGGGUCUACAGCAGCAACAGCAGCAACAACAACAGCAGCAGCAACAAGUGCUUGUGGCCACGCCCACGCGUAACAACAAUGCCACCCAUCAGCAACAGUUGGUGCAGCAGCAGCAACAGCAGCAGCCAAUACUGUGGCGCCAAGUGAGCGGCACCAACACGGCGGUGGCCACCACAGCGGUGCUCACUGGCACCACCUCGGACACGGCCACAGCUGUGGGCAACAAAAUACUCUGGACGCCCCGUCCCCAAAAGCGACAGCUCAAUGGACCCGAGAAUACAGACAUCAACAAGUUGCUGUUAAAUCGAAAAUUCUCGCAGCGCAAGGUGGGACAGCAUGCGGUGACUCAGCAGCACAUACAGCUGACAAAGCAACAGUUGCAGCAAUUGGUGCAACAGGAUGACGAUCUAAGCAGCAGCACAGGCAACGAGCAGAUAACACUGCAGGACGGAAACGAUACAAUGCAGCAGCAGCACCAGCAGCAGCAGCAGCAGCAGCAGCAGUUGCAAAAGUUUAGCAAAGUGAUUAAGAUGUCGCAGUUUCCACUGCUUGUCUCGGAUCUGAAUCUGCAGCAGCAGACAAGUCAACAGCAGCAGCAACAGAAGCCCAAUUCGGCGGCAGCCAUUGCAGCGAAUCACAAUUACAGUUUGCAGCCAGCGACGGCCAUAAUAACAUCGCAGGCAGCGCCGCAGCAGGCCAACAAGAUCUUCCUGACGAGCAGCAACAGCAGCGGCGGCGGUGGCGGCAACUUCACCAUUGCCACGGCAAGCGAGUUGCAGGCGGCGGUGGCUGGACAACAGAAGAUUCACUACAAGGAGCUGCCGAAUGCUGGGAAUCUGAAGCUGAAUUUUGUUAGCAGCAGUGGCGGCGGCGGCGCCGGCAACGCUGGCAAUGCAACUGAAGCGUUGGUUACGCAGGCAACACAACAGCUAGGCGCCACUACAGUGGUGCUGAACAAGGCGAGCGGAACGCUGCAGCAUCAGCAACAUCAGCAGCAGCAUCAACAGCAGCAGCAGCAACACCAAAAGCUCAAAGCGAAUGCAGCGGGCCAAGUGCAGCUGCCUGUGCCGGUGGCGGCGGGAGAUAAGCGAGUGCUCUACACUAGUUUGUUGAAUGUCAAGCCGCUGCAGAAGAACAACAGCGGACAGAUGCAGAUGCAGCUUGGCCCGGGUGGACUGCAGCAGGUGCUGCGUGGUCGUCUCAACAACUCGGCCAUACUGGCGCGCACGCUGCCCUUGGGCACCACUGUGAACAGCACGGGAGGCGGUGCUGGCAGCACGCCAACAACAACCAUAAGACAGUUGGUUACCAGCACCAGCAGCGGCGGCGGCGGCAGCAACAAUACCAACAAUGUUGUUGUCGAUGCCAAGGAGCUGGGCAAGACGCAGUUAACCGUGGAGCAGGUGAUGGCUGCCACUGCCAACAAUGGCGGCGUUUCAUUGCCCACUAGCAACAACAACAACACCAGCAACAGCAACAACAACAAUAACAGCAACAGCAGCAAUGCCAAUAGUCUAAACAACAACAAUGCAACAGCUGCAACCAGCAGUGCCACGCCCCCAAUCAACAGAUGAGACGACGAGGACAGCUAACAGGAGGAAAUGGUGCCACUGCUGGCCAUUCCCAGCGGCUCACGUCUCUCCUUCAGUCUGACGGCGCCCAAAAGUCAGCUCAUGAUGGCGCUGGGUCAGCUGCUGCUCCAGUCGAGAGCGACGCCAGUUCGAAAAUGCAGCUGCCAGCUUUGUCUGCUCAAGUUAACGAAGCAUGCGGCGCUCUAAGUACAUAACACACACACACACAUACAAACACACACAUAUAUAUAGCUUAUAUAUAUAGAAUUUGAUAUGCUUAUAUAUAGUGCAUGUUGCUCUUGUUGUUGCUGUUGCUGAUGCUGUUGGUUUUGUCGGCUGAGCGCGAAUCCUAUGUAAUAGUAACUCUUAUGAUUAUAAUGUAAUAAUUUUUAUUUCAAAUUUGUUGCAUAGUGAAGGAGCCACCAAUAACAAAAGUCUUGCUUUAAUUUCGUUUAAGCUAUGCAUGUGUGUUGAGUGUGUGUGUGUGUAUGUUUACUGGUCUUAUUUUUCAAGAUCGAACUUAAUUAACAAAUUAAUUAUAAAUUAUCAGCGCGCGCUCAGCCAGGCAAACAACAAAAGAAACA